GGGGGGGUCUUGGGUUGGAGGCUAUGGGCACCUGGGGCGCGUGGCCCGGCCUGCUGCCGCCGCCGCCGCCGUCCGUGCCCGAGGCUUGUUGUUGGGGUCCGGUGUGAGGUCUGGGUGACCGGACUCGGGCGUGGGGUGGGAUGGACUGGCUGCAGGACCUAGUCCCCUGCAGUCACCGGGAGCAUGAGGCGGAGUGAUGCUCAGCUGGGCGCCCAGCACGGAACUAGUGAUCGAAGCCCUCCCUGCGGACCGAGCGCAGCCAGGGGCUGCGUUCCUGAGCUGAGAGCCCCUUCCCGGGUUUGGGAUCCCGCCGCGCUGUCGGCGGGAGAUCCCCAAGGACGGAGUCGAGAGGUCACUUCUUACCUGUGUGACAGACAGCAUCGCUGCCGGACCUGCAGAAUCUAAACUCGAUCCGUAAUGCCUCCUGCUUGCUUCUUUCAAGAUGGAUGGGAAAUCUGUGGGAGAGUCUACUCAAGUGGUGUCUAAAGUCAAACUUUCCACAAAAGUAGAAAACCCAGGACACUGGCUGGUGGAGGAUCACGCUCAAAUAUGGGAAGUUUUAAAGACAGAGGAGAGCUCGAUUCAGGACUGGGGUGAAGAAGUUGAGGAAGGAGCUGUUUACCAUGUCACCCUCAAAAGAGUCCAGAUUCAACAGGCGGCCAAUAAAGGAGCGAGAUGGCUAGGGGUUGAAGGGGACCAGCUGCCUCCAGGUCACACAGUCAGUCAAUAUGAGACCUGUAAGAUCAGGACCAUCAAAGCUGGCACGCUGGAGAAGCUUGUGGAGAACCUGCUGACGGCUUUUGGAGACAAUGACUUUACCUACAUCAGCAUCUUCCUGUCGACGUACAGAGGCUUUGCCUCAACUAAGGAAGUGCUGGAGUUGCUGCUGGACAGGUAUGGAAACCUGACAGGCUCAAACUGUGAAGAAGACGGAAGUCCAAGUUCAUCAGAGUCCAAGGCCGUGAUCCGGAAUGCCAUUGCGUCCAUCCUGCGGGCCUGGCUUGACCAGUGUGCAGAGGACUUCCGGGAGCCCCCUCACUUCCCUUGCCUGCAGAAGCUGUUGGAGUAUCUCAAAAGGAUGAUGCCUGGCUCAGACCCAGAGAGGAGAGCACAAAACCUUCUUGAACAGUUUCAAAAGCAGGAAGUGGAUUCCGACAAUGGACUUCUCAACACCAGCUCCUUCAGCCUGGAAGAGGAAGAGGAACUGGAGAGUGGAGGGUCAGCAGAAUUCACGAGCUUCUCAGAAGAUCUGGUGGCGGAACAGCUGACUUACAUGGACGCGCAACUAUUCAAGAAAGUAGUGCCUCACCACUGCCUGGGCUGCAUUUGGUCUCAGAGGGAUAAAAAGGAAAACAAACAUUUGGCUCCUACGAUCCGUGCCACCAUCUCCCAGUUUAAUACCCUCACCAAAUGUGUCGUCAGCACCAUCCUGGGGAGCAAAGAACUCAAAACUCAGCAGAGAGCCAAAAUCAUCGAGAAGUGGAUUAACAUUGCUCACGAAUGUAGAAUCCUGAAGAAUUUUUCCUCCUUGAGGGCCAUCGUUUCUGCACUGCAGUCCAAUUCCAUCUAUCGGUUGAAAAAGGCUUGGGCUGCGGUCCCGAAGGACCGGAUGCUGAUGUUUGAAGAACUUUCAGAUAUCUUCUCUGACCAUAAUAACCAUCUAACCAGUCGGGAACUACUCAUGAAGGAAGGAACCUCAAAGUUUGCAAACCUGGACAGCAGUGUGAAAGAAAACCAGAAGCGGACUCAGAGGCGGCUGCAGCUGCAGAAGGAUAUGGGUGUGAUGCAGGGCACUGUACCUUACUUGGGCACCUUCCUGACUGACCUGACCAUGCUGGACACUGCUCUUCAGGACUUCAUUGAGGGUGGACUGAUCAACUUUGAGAAAAGGAGAAGGGAAUUUGAGGUGAUUGCUCAGAUAAAGCUCCUACAGUCUGCUUGCAACAGCUACUGCAUGACCCCAGACCAGAAGUUUAUCCAGUGGUUCCAGAGGCAGCAGCUUCUAACAGAGGAGGAGAGCUAUGCUCUCUCCUGUGAGAUUGAAGCAGCUGCCGAUGCCAGCACCACCUCCCCUAAGCCUCGGAAGAGCAUGGUGAAGAGGCUGAGCCUACUGUUUCUGGGGACUGAUAUCAUCACUGGGAGCACUCCCACCAAAGAGCAGCCCAAGUCCACGGCCAGCGGGAGCUCUGGUGAGAGCAUGGACUCAGUCAGCGUGUCAUCCUGUGAGUCAAACCACUCAGAGGCCGAGGAGGGUUCCAUCACACCCAUGGACACACCAGAUGAGCCUCAAAAGAAGCUCUCUGAGUCCUCCUCUUCAUGUUCCUCAAUCCAUUCCAUGGAUACGAAUUCCUCAGGGAUGUCAUCCUUAAUCAACCCCCUGUCCUCCCCUCCGACGUGCAACAACAACCCUAAAAUUCACAAGCGCUCCGUCUCUGUGACAUCCAUUACCUCCACAGUCCUGCCCCCUGUUUACAAUCAGCAGAGCGAAGAUACCUGCAUCAUCCGUAUCAGUAUAGAAGACAACAAUGGCAACAUGUACAAAAGCAUCAUGUUGACAAGCCAGGAUAAGACCCCUGCUGUGAUUCAGAGGGCGAUGCUGAAGCACAAUCUGGACUCAGACCCAGCUGAGGAGUACGAGCUGGUACAGGUCAUCUCGGAGGACAAAGAACUGGUGAUCCCAGACUCUGCAAAUGUCUUUUAUGCCAUGAACAGCCAAGUGAACUUUGACUUCAUUUUACGCAAAAAGAACUCAGUGGAAGAGCAGGUAAAACUGCGUAGUCGGACCAGCUUGACAUUGCCCAGGACAGCUAAGCGGGGCUGUUGGAGUAACAGACACAGCAAGAUCACCCUCUGAAAAGGACAAUGCACCCUGCUUGCCAAAGGCAGAGUAGGGGUGAGAACAGCUGUGGGGACUGCAGCCACCACCCAGUGCUGAGGAUCAUUGGUGAAGCCAACAGAUAUUUAUUGAGUUUGGAUGCAUACAAAGCACUAUGUAGAGAGAGUGGAAGUGAGUUUGACAUUAAAAGGAUAAAUGAUUCACUGAUGCUCUUGGACAUGAAAGUGAAAUACAAAAUGAUCCACAUUUUAAAAGUGUAUACACUCACACAUCUAGUGGGUGUAUAUAUGGAUAUAUAAGAGGAACUUGACAGGAUGUUUUGGACUAUGGAAAAAUCAAUUUGCACAAUGGCCUGGGAAGUUGAGGUCACUUUUUACAGGGAAAUAGGAGGGACUGAGAACCUAGUCUCAUACCUUCCAAAUAAAUAGAAUCAGAUCUACCACACAGAGUGUUCUUCAUGCCAGUAUUAUAAGCCCAAACUCUAUUUUUGUAAAGGGAGAGGAUUACUGUCUCAGUCACAUGCCAGCAGAUGAACAAACUGCAGAGGUUGGGUUGCCCGCAGGCUCCAUGAAAGGCCAUCAAGGGAAGGUUUGGAUGAGUCAGCGGUCUCUGCCCUCUGCCUGUGUCUGCUGGAGCUUCAGGGGUCUUCGUGCCUUGCCGGUCCCCAUCACAAUGCCUCUGGAGCCAACACAAGCUUGUUUCGUUUCUGGAAACCCUGCUGUGUUUCUGUGCCCUCUCCUAAAGAACACACCACAGUCGUUACUCCAUAAUUUAUCGGUCAGAGGAGGAAGUGCUGAAGACGGACGACUCAUUUGACUCUUCUGUCUUGGAGUGCCGCUGUUCUAUUGCCCUUCCGCAUGUAACCGUGUACAUCCGGGGUCUUUCGCCAUCUGGAGCCUUGUAACUAUCUUAUGUGCAAUUUGUUCCUCAGGUGUAGACAUUUCUACUGCGAUUGACUACAUUGGAUCAUUUCAAGCCCAUGAAAGACUUCUAGGCCCUCAGAAAAUGUUCCCUGCUCAUAGCAACACCUAGUUUCCUUCUUCACUUUCGUAACAUUGCCCAGUGACAGGGAAAGGGGACCGCGUCCCUGUCUCAGCUCUUUCUCACAGAGCUGCAUCCUUCUAGAGGGAAACAAUGCCUUUCUUCCUUUCUCAUCCCCACACCUGCUCCCCCAGCAUCACUGUACGUGACAUUCUUGUCUAUAGAACACCCUCAUGCUUUUGCUUCUGAUCUAAGCGAUGUGGGGGUUUGAAUGAAAAAGCCAUAUGGGAUGAGCUAAUGUGUAAGAAGCACUUUCAGAUUGUUCUUCCCCCUUUUUAAGGAAAAAAAUUCCCCAAAUACCAGUUUUUAUUCCAAAAAUAAAGAGAAUGAACCUAGGAUAUGAUGUCUAGAUUGUAACAGGGAACUUUUUUUCCUAACAAUACUAUACAUAGCUCCCAAAGGUUGUGUGGGGUUUAUGUUAUGUAAAUAGCCAUAUUAAUUCAACAAGAAACACCAGGCAAAGCUCAGAGAUUCAUGGCAAUGGACCAAAGAGAGAGCCAAGAACUCAUCAGAUUCCCUUGGUGUUUCUAGGAGACUGGACUGGGCUGUGGAGACCGGCUAGGUGUCAACUAGUCGGAAGGCACUUUCUUUUUUGUGUGUGAGCCUUGUUUGGUUGGUGUGUCUGUGUAUGGAGGGAGAUGGCAGGGAUCACAGUCAUCAGGAAGACUGAGGUAAACCAAGCCUCAGGCUGCCUUUCUCAGUGUCAAGGUCAAAAAGUGAAUGCAGAGCUGUUGACCUGGUUUAGGGUGUGGCUCACAAGACAUACAUGUUCUGCCCAACGUGCUCACCCUGUGUAUAUAUACUGUAUAUAUAGAGCCUAGAUUUAUAUUCAGCAAUGUAAAGAAAAAGUAUAUAUAUAUAUAUUUACCUUUUUUAAAAAAGACGAUGGAAAUCCCGAGUGGAUAAAACAUGGCCUCAUUUAUUUAAUGCCACUGUAGUUGUUUUAACUUUGCUUCUGGGUGAACAGCUGGGCGUUGUUUCCAGCUGCUCUCAUGCUUGUCUUUCUGCGCCUCCAGCAUCUGUUUACCUUUUGGUUAAACUAAUAAACUGGUUUGGGACUUGGUUGGCAUGUGCUGCCAGACCCAAA